GCUGGGUAUCUUCAUUGCCAGGAACGUCCAACACGGUUACCUCAUCGCUGAGAUGGAGACCAACGGCGCCAUUGCAAGGGACGGGCGCUUCAAGGUGGGCGACGAGAUAGUGAACGUGAACGGCCGACGGCUGCGCGGCUGUGCCCUCGAGACGGUGCUGGACAUCCUGCGCGACCCCUCGCCCGAGCUGGACAUCGUCAUAGCCCGGGACUUCAACCCGGACCGACUGAGCCAGCAGCAGGCCGGCCAGCACGUGGUGGUCAUCUCUGUGCCGGACAGCAGCGGAGCGGCGACGGCACGAGACGACGCCGAUGACCCGGACGACUCGCUCGAGUACCCGGCCGUGGGCUCCGAGCCUUGUGACGCCUCCGAAACGGAAGAGCACCAGCGGCCAGAGUCGGUGCUCUCCGGGCGUUUCGGGGGAGCUGGAAAGAAGAGCCUGGGCUUCAGCAUCGUGGGCGGCAGGGAUUCACCCAAGGGUAGCAUCGGAAUCUUUGUAAAGACGGUCUUCCCUAACGGACAAGCUGCAGAAGAUAACAGGCUCAAGGAAGGGGACGAGAUCCUGGCGGUGAACGGGGAGAGUAUGCAGGGACUGUCGCACGCGGAGGCCGUGGUCGUGUUCAAGUCGGUCAGGUCGGGGCAGGUGCUGCUCUACGUGGCCCGCAGGGAACAGGCCGGCAAAAGGAGGUCAAAUAAGUCCAUGUCAUGUGAUGACCUCGAUCGAGUGGAAGAGUGAGCAACCGGGCUGAAGUGGAUCCGCUGGAGUAGUCAUUUUCGCGCUGGCUGAGUGCUCUUGAAGGUGUGAAUGCUGCCCUGACCCGUGCAAUGAGCGCCCGACCCAACCGCGGCUCUGAACAUUGUUUUCCAAUUAGCUGGGUGCAAUAGCUCGAGCAAUGUCCAAAACACGCGGCGGUGCGACAGUGAUUGAGCGAGUGAUGCAUAAUAUGUUUCAUAUGUUGCCCUUAUCGGUCGGCUUAAUCAUGACUACCUAUAUGAAAAGGUUUGAGUAGUUGUGGGUCAUGUUGUGAAGUCAUGUGCGUAGACGUAGCUACAAUAAGUCGCUGAAACUGUUUGUCUUUUUAUUCAGAUAGCAUGAAAUGUCUAUCGGUGUCUGCACGGGGUCUUCAUGAUGCAAUGGACGCAUAAUAUGCAGCUGUUAGCGAUAACGUUACAUCAGCGUUAACGUUGCGUUAUCGUUAACGUUAGCGAUAACGUUAACAUUAGCGAUAACGUUGCGUUAUCGUUAACGUUAACGCUAACUUUAGCGAUAACGUUACACGGAGCAAUACAUAGAUAUGUGAUUAAAUCUCAUUCUUGUGACCUCAGCUACUUGCAGGGCUUGCAAAUGCCGUGACUGAGCUGGAGCCUUGGCCAUUGCAGUUUCAUGGUAAUCGGAAACUUUUCCGCACGUCAGCCAGUUUCAGAUGUAGUGGUGGUUUAAUUUGUUUGAGAGAAUGUGCUCUGUGACCCUGUAAUAUACUUGCUGUAGUCAUCGGUUUGUUGAAAUAAACGUAGGCUUGUGAUUCAACUUGCUCACUCUCAAUCACUGUAAAUAA